AUGGCUCCGGUGCCAAAGAACACCAAAUUUCAUUUCACACAUCCAAACCACCCCUUGAUUUUUCUCUCCGACGAUCAAGAUUACUACUGCGACGGCUGCAAAACCAUCGGCUCCGACAGCCGAUUCCGAUGCCACGGCUGCGAUUUCGACCUACAUGAAUUCUGCGCCAAUUGCCCGGAAAAGCUAUCCUUAUUCAUCCACCACCACCAUCUGACUUUGGACGUCCUUAAGCCCGAAGCUGCUGCCCCCGGCGGCCGGUUUUGCGAUGUCUGCCUGGGACCCGUCGAGGGCCUGUACUACCGAUGUAAAGAUUGCAACUUUGACGCCCACCCACUGUGCACCCAACUCCCCCAAGAGCUUGACCAUGUGAUCGACAAAAACCAUCCUUUAAACCUCCAAAAGCUGCCCUUUGGAAGCUGUGUUGUUUGCACAACUGAUUGUUCAUCUCGUUGGGUGUACGGAUGUGAUAUUUGUGGUCUCAAUAUCCAUCUUGACUGCCUUUUGGAGCCCUACGACUCGCCGCCCGCUCACUCGACCGAGCCUCCAGUUCCACCGCCGAGUGGGACUACCUCACGUGGGAUUUCGUUUGCACCGCCGCCGUGGCCAACUGGGCCAACUGGACCACCUCCAGCUCCUUAUGGUUUCGCCGUCCCUUAUUUUGGCUAUCCUGUUGGAUUCGGGUAUGGAUAUUCCUACAAUAAUUAUGGUUAUUAUCAAGCAAGUCAAUAUGGAUAUGAAGCACCGCCGCCCCCGCCGCCGCCACGUGAGAGAACGCUUACAAAAUCAAUGUUUUCUCUGGUGGGUAAACUGACCAUGGGUGCAGUUACCAGUUCCAUUUUUGGGAUGCCUUUAAAUUUUUAG